CUUAUCAGGUCCCAUCGGAUCUGUUAGGCAAAGAGCAGGCGGCAUCAAUGAACAUCAAACUUCCAGAUGGUUUGGGAGCUGUCUAUGCAGGGAGGUGCUACCCCAGCUUUGUUAAGGGCAGCAGGGACCCAUGGCCAUAGUUAAUCGAGAAGCUCUGUGCCGACUCCCAUGGUAUCCCGACGGGCUUGGUUCAUUCCUUCAACAACAUCUGGGCGGUGAACGAACCAGGCCCCUCCAAGCCUCAACCUUUCCCUCAAAUACGCGCAGAAUACGCUGUUUCCGGCCCAAACAAACAUGUUCAAAUCAUGGUACGACCGACACGAAGAGAAGAUUGAGUUCUGGCUCGAGUUCCAGGUUGUCCACGACGGCCUGGACGUCGACGACGGGGCCAACCCCGGCCCCGGCCCCGGCGCCACAUUCACCUGCUUCUCCGCCCUCCCCACCGAGCUCCGGCUCAAGGUCUGGGAAUGCCUCAUCCAGCCGCGCGUCGUCGUGGCCGCCUGCUUCGACUCGCGCUCCCAGGACGAGAAGCGCGCGCAGCUGGCGCGGCGGGCCCGGAAGCGCGCCGCGCCCGUGCUGCUGCACGUGAACCGCGAGUCGCGCGCCGUCGCGCUGCGGCACUACGAGCCGGCCUUCGGCUGGAAGGUGCCGCGCCGGCUGGCGGGCCCCGGGCCCGGGCCCGGAACCGAGAGGCGCGCGGCGGCGCCGCGCGUGUGGUUCAACUUCGGCCUCGACGCGCUGCUGCUGCUGGGCGAGCUGGAGCCCUACGACCAGUGGGGGUUCAACUCGCCCAUGGUGUACUUCCUCCGGCGGGAGGACACGCGGCGGGUGCGCCACGUCGCCUGCGCCUUCGAGGAGCUGCGCAUGAGCCUGUACGAGGCCGACGUCGUCUUCGGCUCGCUGUUCCACAUCAUCGACAUGUUCCCCGCCGCCCGCCGGCUCCUAAUCACCAGCACGCCCCAGGACGCCGAGGUGCGUCACCUGGCCCUGCCCACCGCCGACAACGUCGUCCAGAAGCUGUGGUCCGCCUUCAUGAACGGGACCACCUGCGUCACGUCGUCGCUGGUCAACAGGCAGAUCCUCAUGAUCCGGGAAGCGGACUUGGCCACUUUUAUCACCGAACACGAAUAAGCGGAAUACCGUUGAGGCAGGCGGGAGGCCGCUGGUCCGAGCCACCCGCUGCACCAGACCCGGAACGAGAGUCGCUUUGGACGGAUCUCUUCAUCUGCAACCUGGUGGUCUCUUUGAGGUAUCCUACAUAACCGACAACCACCCGUGCCCA